AUGAUAAUAGAUAUCGAGAUAUGGAUUCAAUUAUUUUUUUUUAAUAAUUAUAAUAAUUAUAAUAAUAAUAAUAAUAAUAAUAAUAAUAAUAAUAAUAAUAAUAAUAAUAAUAAUAAUAAUAAUAAUAAUAAUAAUAAUAAUAAUAAUAAUAAUAAUAAUAAUAAUAAUAAUAAUAAAAAUAAUAAUUAA